CCUCAGUUUCUUGUGCAAAAAGAAAGGGAGACAAGCCCAUUGAAGCUCUGCAAUCAGAUCACUCACAGAAAGAGAGAGAAGAUGGAUCCAAAGCUAACUGAGUUAUCUCAGCUCUUUGAGAGAUUCAAAGCUGCUAUGACGCGUGGUGAUUUUGAUUCUUGUUCUAAUUUCUUGUCUCAACUCAAGGUCAUGCUAACUGGAUUUAGAAGUCUUCCUCCUUUGUUUGAAGCAACACCUAAUGCUGUACAUGAGUUGACAAUAGCAAGGGAUAUAUAUGAGCAUGCAGUUGUGUUGAGUGUUAAGACUGAGGAUCAGGAUGCUUUUGAGAGGGAUUUCUUUCAGCUGAAGCCUUUCUACACAGAUGCAGGGGACCGUCUUCCACCAUCCCCUCAGGAAUUCCCCAUAUUGGGUCUCAAUCUCCUGAGACUACUAGUGCAGAAUAGAAUUGCUGAGUUCCAUACUGAACUGGAGUUACUUUCAGCCAGCGCAUUAGAGAAUCCUUGCAUCAGACAUGCUGUAGAAUUGGAACAGUCUUUCAUGGAAGGCGCUUACAACAGAGUGUUAAGUGCUAGGCAGUCUGUACCUCAUGAAACCUAUGUCUACUUUUUGGAUCUUUUGGCAAAGACAGUCAGGGAUGAAAUAGCUGGAUGCAGUGAAAAGGCUUACGACACUCUUUCAGUAGCUGAUGCCCGACAAAUGUUGCUGUUCUCGACAGACCGAGAACUUUCUGAAUAUAUUAAUGAGGAGCAUCCCGAGUGGGAGAUGAAGAAUGGGUUGGUUACUUUUCAGAAGGCAAAAGAAUCUGCUCCUUGCAAGGAGAUACCGUCUCUGCAGCUCAUAACUCAGACACUUAGUUACGCAAGGGAGUUGGAGCGCAUAGUGUGAUAGAUUCCCGGGGUCUUUAUGUUUUUCUGUCAUCUUUCUGUGUUAUUGUUGUUAAAUCCUCUUACUCAGUGCAAUAUAAUUGGACAAUGAUGAGGAAAAAUUGUUGAAGGGGACCAUUCUAUAUUAUUUUCCCAUAUGAAUCAAGUAGACUGUAGAAACAACCAUACUCUUCAUGUGGUUUGGCUUUCAGUUGCCUUUUGCUACUGUAUAGCCUUUUGACUUUGUAAUUGUUUCCAGCAGGCUAAAACUUGAAUGGAUUGGUGUCUGUCAAGAUAGGAUAACUUGCAGCUCACUUUUAAUCAUUUAAAUCUUAUCUGAUUAGAUGAUUUGGACCCCAAAAGUAUGAAAUUUGUUUUCUGUCCA